CAGCAAAAGAAGUAGGCUACUGACGUCAUCAUCCUGUGACGAGGUACAAAACAGUGCCACAACAUGGAGGCGAAUGAGCCAGGAGACCACAACGGCGUUUUCAAAGUGAAAGAACGACUCCAGAAACGCCACCAAGCGAGGAUCGAGGACGUCGAGCGGAGAAAAGAAGCAAAGGACAACCACGCCGUCACCAAGGAGAGCGUCGACAACUUCCUCAGCACCUUCUAUGGCGAGCGGGCGGCCAUCGAGGAGCUGCUGUGUCGCUGCCCGGGAGUGGACCGAAAAGCAGCGGCUGAGAUGUUGGAGGAGGCUACGAAUAAAACGGCACAGUUGCAAAAGUUCCUCAAUGACAGUGUGGUAUUUCUCACCACCUACGACCAGAGGCAAGCCCAGGCUGCCCUCCAGAAACUUCAAACUUGUCUCACCGAGACAAGAGAGCGGGCGUUGCCCAAGAAGAAGUUCGCUUUUCGGGCUCGGUCUAAAGCAGCAGACAAAGCCCCAGAAUCAGCGAUGGACCCUUUAAAUGAUGAUGCAGCUGAAAACUGCGGUAGUACACAAAUGGAUGGAGAUGCUGGUGGUGUACAGUGUGGCUUCUCUCACAUGAGCAACGCAGUCCUUGCAAAGACAGCCGAGGAGAUCAAUAAAAAGGACCUGCUGCUGUCUAACUUGUCCAACUGCAAAGUGUGUCUCUAUGGAACCCCUAGCACCCUCCACCUAAAGCACAUUGACAACUGUGAGAUUCUGUGUGGACCCAUUUCCACCUCAGUGUUUGUGGAUCAAUGUCAACACAGCACUCUGGCCUUGGCCUGCCAGCAACUGCGGACCCACAACACCAGCGACACCCGGGUCUACCUGCAUGUCACCAGCCGGGCCAUCAUAGAGGACUGUCACAGGGUGAGCUUUGCCCCCUUCUCCUGGUCUUAUCCCGCGCUAGAGGAUGACUUCCGUGCAGCCGGCCUCGACCCGGACCGAAACAACUGGGACCGGGUGGAUGACUUUAACUGGCUGGCUGCGGGAACACCUUCCCCCAACUGGGGGAUUAUUCCCAAAGCAGAACGUAGGUCCACAUGGGAAGCCUAAAACGGAAUAUUGAUCAUAUGAAUGCUUAUUGGAAUCAAAUGUUUAAUUUCAAGUAACCUCAUGGCUUCAAUGAUAUUGUUCUUCAAAACAAAAUGUUAUUGUCAUGUCUUACAGAAGCAAUGUGCCGCAAAAAUGCAUGGGUAAUUACUAUAACUGAUGUCCAAUACACUCCUAACACAUCCUGUCUGUUUUUAAAUGUGAUAAACCUGUGUGAAGGAUUUCAUGUUGCUGAAAGCAUCCUAAACAGCUUUUAGGGAACAUUUCAUUCAGUCAUUUAGUAUUUUACUGUAAUAUGUAUCACAACAGGAAAUAGGCUUUCACUUUUUGGUCCCAGAACAUGGAUACAAUUCCCAUAAUGUUUGCCUUAUUAUUAUUAUUAUUACUAUUAAUAUGAGUGUGGUCAAUCAACAAACGCUUUAUUUAACAAAACAGGUUACUGUCUGAAUAUGAAGAAUAUCAGCAAACAGCUGUGAACAAGCGCCCAGCCUGACAGGUUUGCAUCGGUACAGUCGAACAACACAGAAGUCUUGAUGUCACACAUAUGCUUUGGCUUGCUACUUCAUUACUGAUGAUUUUCUGUUUGAUUUCAACUACUCUCUGGGGCAAGUAUGAUAUUGUAACUGUCAGGAACUUUCAUAGUGUUAAGAGAUUGAUGUCCGACUGUUUUGCGUGGCAGUGAACAUGUCAGCUGUGUGGUGCGAGCUUUAUUAGCCUGUGAAGUUAAUAAAUAUGAUGAAGUUGCAGAAGCAAUGAUGAAAAGC